UACAUAACAACAAAUAUGAGUAAAAGUUCAUCGAAUCCAAAAUUUUAUUGUUUACAUUUCUCAGCACAUAAUCGAUAAAAAAUAAUAGCUAUCUAAUGUAAAUUAGUUGUUUAUUCAAAUCAUUCAUUAACGAAUCUGGUAAAACCGAGAACAUAAACGAGUUACAGUCUCCAAUUCGAACAUCAAUAUAUUAAUAUUCAACGUUUCCAAGAUCUGCCUGGCUGGUUUUACCACUUAAAGAAUAAACAAGAUAAAAAUAUUAACAAAAUAUAAAAGAAUAACACCGUGGAAUCUAGUUUGGUUCUGGCGAUAGGGUGUACGGUUCAUCAAGUUUACAAGAUGUUUAUAAAGUUUGCGUAUUAUAUUGUUCCGCUUUAUCUGUUUCUAUGCCAAGUUGAAGGACAAUUGCAUAUUGAGUGCGUAACCCCAAACAACGAAACUGCUACCUGUGAAGCAGUCCAUGAGUGUAAAGUAUUCAUCAACAGUAUCAAAAAUGGCGAACAAACUGAAAGCCAAAAGAAAUUUAUGAAAAAAUCGUUAUGUGGAUUCAUUCAGUCGACACCAGUGGUUUGUUGCGGUAGCAAAAGUGAUUACAACGAAGCACAUAGGCCCAAAAGAGCGGCAGAUUUCAAGUUGAAUCCUGCCCUUCCCGAUGAUUCCGUAUGUGGCAUUUCCAUAAAGGAUUCUUCAGUAAAAGGACCUACAACAGCAGGAAGAGGAGAAUUUCCUUGGUCAGCUAGACUUCAGUACAACAAUAGUAAUAUUGUAUAUGCAUGUGAGGGUGUGCUUAUUAAUUCUAGAUAUAUUUUAACUGCGGGAUUAUGUUUGGAUGAAGCAACCUUUAAACGUAUGGGAAAUCUAUACAAAAUUAGACUUGGGGAAUUCAACUGUCCAGAAUCAGAGAAAGACUGUAAAAAAGAGCCGCUAGAUGUGGGAAUUACAGAAAUCAUUCGCAAUCCGAAUUACGGCUUUAAUGGUAGAUUAAACCAUGACGAUAUUGGUCUUGUACGAUUGGAAAAGGACGUCGAAUUUUCUGAUACAGUACGUCCCAUUUGCUUACCAAAGCCAGGCGAAGAACCACUUGCCGUUGGGCAGCUUUUAAUAGAAAGCGGUUGGUUUAGGAAUAGCAAAGUUCAGUUAAAAACCGAAAAUCUACUUGCAUCAUUUGAAAAUUGCUCGAAGGUUUACAAAGCUAACGGAGUUACUUUGACCAACACGCACAUUUGCGCUGGAGGAUUAAGCAAUGGAACAUGUGCAGGUUUAUCUGGAGGUUCUUUAAUUAGAAGAGGAGUUCAAGAAAAGGCAUAUUUAGAAGGUGUCAUAUCAUUCGGACCAAAACAAUGCGGAUUAUCAGGAUGGCCAACUGUUUAUACCAACGUAAGGUCUUAUUUGGAAUGGAUCCACAGUAGCAUUAAACCAAGCAUUUAG